ACUGCCGAGUUUGUGGCAGCGUGGUUUCGUGUUUUGACUUACGAAGGCGUGCGUUUCGGACGUGACGCGGCCCGAUGCGCCAGUGACACUUGAGACUGGCCGUCACAGCGUCGCUCUACACUACACGUCGGAUCCUACCAGGGGCUUGAUUUUCAUUGGAGGAACGUUACUGCUAUUAUAUCUUAAAAAACGAAGCAAGGUUUCUACUGCAUUAUGAGAUAGAUGAGCGAGCAUUGCGCAAUGUACUCUGUCCGGAGCAGGUGCUGUUUUUUUGUCAGUGGGCCUUCGAAGAGGGUGGAGCAGUACUGCCUGCAUCCACCACGAGGGCGGGAGGGGUCACUGCGGCACCACUGCGCGUGGGCUCGGAGGACUCCGGAGGCCUUUGUGAUGCUGCCCCCGCCUGCGUCACAUCGGCAUAACUUCUUCACGGAAGCAUGGGCAAGACCGAGAGUAGGCUGGAUGGUCUCCUUUGCAGUUAAUACAAUAUGAGGAAGAAGUGCAGUUUCCAGAUUGAUGAUCAUUGGAGCUCCAUUUAGCACAGGUUAUUUGGCCUCGGCAUGCAUGUGAAGCAUGUCCGAACCUUUGGCACUUGAAACACCAUCUUGGGUUCGGGAUAUAUGGUCUGACGUUUACUUUUACGUACCUGGCAUCCAGAGAGGUAGGCAUUACGCUUGUUCCAAAUGUAAAUAACACGUUUUGUUGGGAUUUCUUGGUCAUUUCUACCUAUGAAAAUUCUUUGUACUUUUGUCACGUUUUGCUCGUGGAAAUCCUCAAGGAGUUCCUCAUUGCUCAGGCCAAUAAAGUCUUCCUCUGAUAUCACACCCCAGCUUGUAUUCAGUGUUCUAUGUUGUGAAAUUGUCAUUGUGGCGUCACCAAUACUGGUAAGUUCCGACAGCUUUUGCGCUUGAUCUUUGUCAUUUAGUUCGAGGAGGAGGUCCCCGCUAGACAUUUUUGAAACUUCAUAUGUGGUUCCGAUUUUGCCUUUCAGACACUUGGCCAUUAGAAAGGGACAAAGCUUUCUUACUGGCAUGUUAGUUUCACUGUGGACGACAUAGUAUUUGGAAAAUGACGGGGCGUUGCUGCGAACGGAGAACUGGAACGGUGCUUCGGUGCGGCAUCUUUUCAGACGCCGAUCAUAGGAGUUUGCGCUGCCAUAAGAAAAUGUGUUUGUUCGGCAACAGCGUCAACCGCCCACCAUGGAGCCCAACGAAGAGGACGCGGCAGAGCUUGCCUACAAGUCUGCAUGACGCCAGUCGUACGCCGUCACUGUAACAAAAUAUGGUGUACCCAAGGUAAGUAGCCAAACAAGGUUAACCCUUGCCGCCAAGGAGAAAGGAAGUGAAUAUAAAAGAGAAGAAGACAGGAAAGGCCAGAAAGUGAGCGAGAAAGACGAGGACUCGAGGAGGGAGAGACAGGAAGAGACGACUGCCGAUUUCCCCCCGAUGGGUCAGUCCGGCGAUGCCGUCUACGUGAAGCAGAGGCCAAAGAGCCGAACACGGCUAAGCCGCGCACGGCUACACGCGGGAGUGUCGAACCCUCGUGUGCUCGGGUACGUGUUGUCGCAGCACACCAAACGCCUGCUGACGCAGACGCCCCAUGCGGGGGAUCAAGACUUGAAAGCCCGCUUUUUCUUUGACGCUAUCAGUUUCACUGCGCAGUACUAACUUGCAAUUUCCCGUAGGUAUCGUUAUUUCGCCCGUUCCCGCGCUACAUAAAAUGCUCAGAUGUCACUGCUUUAAGAAGAAAGUUGAAGUGCAACAAUUUGUGAGCGGGCGCACGCAUCGCGCGCGUUAUAUACUAUAUCGCCCAACCGCGACACAACAUCGUGUCGUGAUCGUUUAAGCCUUCCGCGCAAAAAGACGCGCAUCUACGCACUCGCGAAGGCCACGCCAAAUGGUGGCGGAUGCUGGCGGCGACCUCGAAGCAAGAAUUAAUGAAAACAAAACGAGAAACCGUGGCACGUACGUACAUAUGUGGCAACCACUGACUGCUUGCUUUCUACAGACGCGUGGAUAGGCUACGGAGUCGGGUGAGGGAACCAGGUGAGAGGCGCCCGAAAGAGCAUGCGCACUCGGAGCCUACAUACGCCCGAAAAGACGGUAUCGCCUCUUCGCGCGCGUAUGCAAGCGCAUUGAGAUGCUGCUAGCACAGCUACUCCUGGCGCUUCCUCGCGCAAAAGCAAACGGUCCGAUACACGCUGCCGAGAAGCCACCAUUCUAGGGAUUGGAAACAUGUGCUACGACACCCACCCAUCUUUCAAUUGAGGAAAUCACGAUCCGUCGUAUCGACUUUUUUAAGCUCCUUAGAAGCGAAACCUACUUUUCUGGCAAAGCCGUACUAUUGGCGCCGAGGAGUUACGGAGUCGCCCUCUAUCGGAAGCGCCUCGCUGGCGUAGUAUGAGGGAUCACGUGGCGCGCUCCUCAUAGGUUUUGCUGUCAGCGCUCACUGAAAACACCACGCGCGAGCUCUCCCGGACAUUUCUGUAAGUACUUCCGAAACGAGAGAAGUUUCUUACUGUCUAAAUAAUAAUCUUUCGCAAACUGAAAGCACACAAUCGUUUACAGCCGCGAUCUCUUUACCGAAUACGUACAGUGAACGCCACUGCGCGCGGUCGCCGCGAUGGAGUCUCCCGAACCGGCUUCUUGCGUGAAAGGUAGGUAAACGCUGAGAGCAAACUAUGUGAAAUAUGUUCUUAUAGUGUUUGUAUAACUAAAUGGAGCGUAAUAGAAUGAAGCCUCAAUGCAGCGAUCGCGCAGAUUCGCCGCGACCGACUGCGCGUCUGCAUGCUUGUCCGCGCACUGUUUCGCUUUCUCCGCGCGCGCGUUUUCGCACCGUGCCAUGAGCUUAAGGCCGCAGAAUAUGAACAUUUGACAGUAUACAAGCAACCAUUGUUGCGUGGGCGCUAUCAAAGCUGUUCAAAAAUAAUUUCAUUGUAGAGACUUGACGCCUACGGGACUGUGAUGUGCCGUCGCGACGAUUCAAUCUUUUUUUUUCUUCUAAAUUCUUUGACCUUUCAAUGCUAUUUCUUGAGUUGCAUCGCACUGUAUGUUUAUCGGCGUUCUCAGCGCGCAAUUUCCCGCUGCUCCUUUUUUGCAAUCCAGUGCAUUAAUUCAUAACACAAACAUGACCAUAUGCCAUGCUUUCUUUAAAUGUGCUUCUUACCGCUGCCUUUCCACUCCACUGAACUUGCCAGUAUCUAUAAUAUCACAAGUUCAUAGACUAAACCGUCAUGACAUUAGUCGGGCAGCGGACUCGCGCGAGCGUCUCAGUGCGCGUUUUCAGAACGUCGCGGACCGGGCGCCGUAGCAGAAAUCUUCCUCGCGUCUUGGCUUGCUGCAUACCCGAGUUGUAGCCGAUGACUGUUUACCGGUUUUAUGUUUCGCGAGCCAAGCUUCACGCAGCUUCUUGUCCUGCGGCUACGUGUGAAUAAGGCUGACACCGGCCUCCGUUACAUGCGUCCGGCCCUGCGGCACCGAGCAGUAGCCUACCAUGUUGCGCGCCUUCAAAGGCAGCCACUACCUAUUUUAGUGCUUUCAAGCGUUGUGAAGGAGACACUCGAAGCGGGAAAAUUUCGCCACUAAAUGAAAACCGCAGCGUACGAGGGAAUUUAAGCUCGUUUUCAGCUCGCUUCGGCGCGCCCGAAGCAGCCGACGCGGCCGCUAUGUCCACGUGAUCCCUCCUAGCACGUCACGCCGACGGUGGCGCCAGCUUUUCCAGUGGUGGAGCUCGAGGCCAAUAGUGAAUUUGCCGCAGAAGUCGGGCGCAACAAUUGAGGACGAAGUCGCGCCUCUGGUCCCUAUUAAUCGCGUUGUAGCAGUGCCCGCAAUGACGUAAUGUCUGUCGCAAAUGCUGCAGCAGACACACACUCUCUCUCUUCCUUAGUACUGACCUGCAACCUCACCCCGGAUUGACUCGGGACAGCGGAGCCAGCCAGCCAUGAGCGCUCUUCUCGACGGGCUCUCCCUGUCAUCCCUCUGGGACUGGCGGUGGAGUACCACUGCGCUGGUCUUUGCAGUAUCCUACUUCGUCGGCCGCUUCUACUACCGGGUGUCCAAGUAUCCGAGGGGGCCAUUUCCUUUACCACUGGUCGGAAACCUUCUCAGCCUUCGCAACGUCAACUUGCCCAUCAAAGCGAUCGAAUGGUCCAAGGUGUACGGAGACGUCUUCACCCUGUGGAUGUCCCACAGGCCCAUGGUUUUUCUCAACAGCUACGACACCAUCCGUGAGGCGUUCCUCGACCGCCGGCACGAGUUUGCCGGGCGCUUUCCAACCAAGAUGAGUAGCCUACAAACCCAGGGAAAUCACGAUAUUAUGUUCGAGGAUUACAACCCGCGUUGGAAAGCACUUCGAAAGGUGGCCCUCCUUGCUGUAAGGAAGUACGCCGUCAGCGAGUCUCUCGAGAAACUCUGCACGGAAGUUGUCGACUCCUACGUGGACUCCCUGAAAGAGGGUCCGCAGCUUGUCGAAUCGAGGGAGCCGUUUCUACACAUCCUGUUCACCCUCAUUGGAGUUUCCGUCUACGGCACAACGGUGGACGAGGCAAAAGAGGAUAUCAAUAUAAUGAAAGAACAUGACCGCAAGUUCUUUGAGAUCGCACCUAACGGACUGCCGAGCGACAUCGCACCCUGGCUGGGAAUAUUGUACCGGCACAGAGAAAAAGAGAUAGAAGAUCUCUUUCGGGAUUUUACUGCAUUCUUGGACAGGUUGUACAGCGCGGCUGAAGCCACUUACGCACCAGGCAAGAAGGACAACUUCACUCAUGCCAUGUUGUCCGCUCGUGAAGAAGCUAUACUUGAAGAGAAGGGCGACGCCGAAUAUCUCACCAAGGGGAACAUGGUCCAGGUUGUUUUAAACAUAUUUGGAGCCGCUACCGGCACUUCGGCCGGAGAACUUCAAUGGCUUUUUCUGAUGAUGGCGAAAGAGCCGUGGAUUCAAACAAAGAUUCAAGAAGAAAUUGAGGCCACAAUCGGGAACACGCCGCCUGCGUACAAGGACAGGGAAAGGAUGCCUUUCACUGUUGCCUGCUUGAUGGAGACCCUUCGGCGCUUCCCUGCAUCUACCUUCGGAUUACCGCAUAACACCACUACGGACACUAAAGUCGGAGAGCUGGAGAUACCGAAGGACACGGGCAUAUUCUACAACUUGUAUGCUGUCAACCACGAUCCGAAGAUCUGGGACGAGCCUGAAAAGUUCCGUCCGGAGCGGUUCCUGGAUCCCGCCACCGGCAAGCUUCGCCGAGACCCCUUGCCGCUGCUUACGUUCGGCAUGGGACCACGUACGUGUCCCGGAGAAAAGCUGGCUCACGUGGACAUGUUCUACAUCCUUGUGCGGCUCUUGCAGCGGCUAAGCGUCAGCGCAGGCGAAAACCCACCCAACGUCGACAUUGAUGGCCUCGGCACGAACAUCUUACUGCUUCCUGCCAAACAGAAUAUCGUGUUCACCAGAAAGAAUUAAACACGUCGUCGAAUUCGUUCCAAAGUAGCUGCUGC